AUUUGGAUAGCAUUAUGCUGUUUGCUCAUAUUUUGAAUUAUAUAUCAAAUAGUAAAAGGAGGCAUUUAUUUGUAAAUAAUAGGAAAAUUUAUUCUCUUAUUACUUGUAUAGAUGACAGUCUAUCAGAAAUUCUGGUAAGGAAGUGGCUGAGAACCAAUGAGCCACGACAAAACAAUUUGGCAAUAUUGUAUUGAUAAAAAAUACUGUAUUGCUUAAAAAUACUUAAUUGUCUUAAUUUCUUUUAUAGAGUUAUUCCUGCUAUUAGUUUGUAACUGUGCUUAGAAUUUGGUUAUCUCUUUUAGGGGUUGAUAGGGUGUUUUAAAUGUAUGUCUUCAAAUAUUAAUGAGAGCUUAAAAUUGAGAAUGUUAGAAGGUGAAUGGAUCUUUCUUCUCAGUGUCAAAUAGAGAACUAGUUUUAUAGUGUCAGAAGAGUAAGACGUACAACAUUUCCAAUUAUUUGGAGAGCUAGAAUGCAUGUACUAUCAAGCGAAGCAAAGCACACACAAUAACAGGGUUUGUUCACAGAUAUAGUAGGGGGUGUUAAAUAUAUAUCACUCAGCUUCUUGGCUGUCCAGUUCUCAGUCUUGAGCAUUACACCAAAAUCAUUUAGGUUACCUUAUUAUGAUUAUCUAUAGUAGGUGAGCAAUAGCACCCAUUUCCUUCUACCUUGUCUGCAAGGGGGAGCAGUAACCUCUGGCGAGGGGUUAUUGCUUGGAGGAGUUGAUGACUUCAGUUGUGCCACCAGGAGCUGGUAGAGCUUACAUGCUGGAGUUCUGAGGUCUUUUCAGAGUGUCCUGGCAACUCAGCUCAGUUGAGAGUUCUUCUUGUGUUUUAUGCCUCCACCAUUGUAUCAGCUCUUGGAGCAGCAGAGAAGAUAACAGACACUAUAGUCUCUAUGCUGCUCCCUUACAUCCAAAAGGGCUUGAAAUCCACUAUACAGGAUUACAGAGCUGCAACAUACAUGAUAAUCUCCCAGAUGACAGUAAAAGUGACAGUGGAGACUUCCUUGGUGCAUUCCUUGAUGUUACAGAUAACCAAGACAUUAUAUAAAGUGCCCUCAUUAGUCAGGGAAGGGGUGGCUUGCCUCAACCUACUUCUACAAACUCAGAAAGGAGACAGACUUGGGAAAAAGCCAUUUAAUUAUCUGUGCAAAACCCCAGAAUUGGUAACACUUCUGCAAGGCCUUUCAGCAAGCUAUGAUAUUUCUCCUCUUCUGCGUUACCUGUUGCCUCAUCUUGUUUGCACUGUCAUGAAAAAUGAUACGGAGGAACAAGACGAAUCUGAGGAGGCAGAGAAUCAGAUUUACAUCAAACAUCUUGAAGCUAUUCUUCAGAGUAUACCACUGGAAAAGGAUUUAGAUCACCUGUUGGCUUCCAAGUUUCUUGAAGAGUUUAUCUCCUAUGGUACAGAGAUUGAAUCUAAUCCCACCAAAAUGGCUGCAGUCAAUCAAAAGAUGCUUCCUCUUAUCAGACUUCUUGAGAGAAAGUAUCCUAAAGCCUUAGACUCUGUGUUGGAGAAGCAUCUGGAAGAUUGCACAGAUGAGGCUGAACAAAAUCUUUUUCAUCAAUUUAUUUCUCUUUCAUUAAGCUGUGGCAAAUACAAGUUUCUGGAAGACUCUGAUACCUCCCUUCUGCUUAGUUUGAAUCAUCCUCAGCCAGCUGUGCGGGUCCUGGCUCUUCAGCAUUUGAAAGAUGUUAUUGAAACAUCAAAGGAAGGCUUUGAUCAGUCUUUCAUAGAAGAAGCAAUAUUUGAUCGGCUCAAGGAUGACAACAGAGAUGUUGUAAUGUCUGCUCUCAGUUCUUUGGAGAUUUUCAGGAAACAAGUCAAUCCAGAGGUAGUAGUAUCAAGUCUUUUGAACAUCUUCCAGAAAGCUGAUCUUUCAAAGGAUGGAAAGUGGUACAAGGUUCUGGAGCGAGCAAUAAAAAUUUUAGUCAAAGAGGAGAUUUUGAAAGAAAAAAAAGAACUACUAGAUGAAGCAGUAAUGCGGUUGCUACCUUUUAUGGUAAUCACUAACGCGAAUUCAAAAUCUUCAGAUUGGAAAAUGGCCGUUGCUCUGUCAGAAUCUGAUCUCUGCUCCUUACACCCUUUACUGAAAGGCUGGCCAGAAGCUCUCGAAGAGGCAAUUAAAUCUAGCAAGUCUGCAGAGUUGAUUGGAGUGGCCAACAAGAAAAUGAUUCUGCUGUUUUCUAAAAACAUGACUUCAGGGGACCCUUCCUUACUAUCACAAAUGGUGGAUGAUCUGAUACUUGUUACUGAAACAGAAUCUGACAGCGUGAGACAGAAAGUAAUUACUCAUAUAAUUGGUUCAGUGCUUGUUCAGUGCUGCUGCGAUACACAGAUGAAGGAAAAUUAUUUUUCAGUGGCCAUCAGAGUCUUCCGUUUCUUGGAUAAAAAAAUAAAAGAUCUCAGAGCUUAUGAUCCUGCAGAGGAAACUCCCCUAAAUUGGUCUGUUGAAACAAUAGAGGAAACCUUGGUGCUUAAGGACUUGUUAACUGCAUAUAUAGAAAAGCUCAAUAGUGAUCAGACUGCUCAUGCAGAGGACUCAGCUAUGUUCCUGUUCUUAUUGAAAAACUUCAUUAAUGGCCUAAAACCUCCUCUGUCCUUUUCACAAGAGGAAACUUGGUGGAAUCCUGAAUCUCUGGAUCAAGAUAGCCAAGACUACCUGCAUCUCCUUUUGGGGCUGUUUGACCUCCUUGUCUGUGGAGCUAGUGAGGGAAACAAUGCUGUUCAGUACAGAGCAUUGAUGAAUCUCUUACUCAAGGUACAUCUAAAAGAUUCAGAGAUUCUCUUCAAAUUCCUUUCGAUUUUAUGGACUUACAGUUAUAACCUUUCAAAUCAUCUGAACUAUGAAGUCAGCGCAAUGCUACAGACUCAAGCUUUAUAUAUUGGCUAUGCACUGCUCGAAUCACAGACAUAUCAAAAAAAGAAACAGCUGCUAUCACCGUCAUCUCCAGUGGUGAUAUCUUUGCUAAUUAACUUGGGUAGUCCUGUGAGUGAAGUUCGAAGGGCUGCUCUCAACUGCCUCCAUUCCUUGAGAGGGAUAAAGGAGUCUCUAUUUCAUCCUGUUCUUCAGCAUUUGGAGCAAAAAACAGAAGAGAUCAUAUCUGACCGUACCUACAUAACACAGAUAAUGGAAACUCUUUUUGAGGAGCUUGAGACGCAACCAAAACAGAAAUCCCAGAAGAAAAAGUUGUCAGAAGCUUUGGAAAGCAUACUUGAUUGUGUACAGAACCCUAUUUUCCCAUCAUAUAUUGCAAGAAACUUAAUGAAAAUUCUUCAUGAAGUCCAUGGUGAGAUGAUUCUUUCUCACCUCUUGCCUGUGCUAGACCGGUUGCUAGAGAAGGUCUUUAAGAAACCUGAGGCAAUGUUGAAAGAUGAAGUUGUUCUCCUGCAUCUCAUCCUUGGAAAGUUUAAUGAAUAUUCAGCAACGCUCUUGUGCAAGAAUCAGCAGAGUCUGGAUUUAUUUAUUAGAAGUCUGCAUGCUGCCAAGAAAAUGUAUGAAGAAAUUCCACCUUUUCAGAUCACAGCACUUGGGCAGAUUACCAAACCAUUCUUUGCAGCCGUGUCAGAUGAGAUGGUGCAACAGAAGCUAUUAAAAGUCUUAUUUGACUUACUGUUAAACUGUAAGAACCCACUUUGUGCCCAGACAAUUAGCAGUGUGUUUAAAGGGAUUUCAGUGUGUGCUGAGCAGAUGGUCAGAGAACUGGAGCCACCUGAGAAAACGAAUAGUCUGGCCACUGUUCAGCAAACUAGAAGGCAGAAAAUGCAGCAACAGAGAAAGCCUCAAGAUGCGGAAUUGGCACCGGAAGCAAGCCACUUCAGCUGGCGGAGAGUUAUGCUUAUUCUGGAGUUACUGCAGCAUAAGAAGAAACUUAGACGUCCGCAGGCAUUGGUACCUGCGCUUUUUAACCUGCUGAGCCGGUGUCUGGAACCUAUGGCAUCAGAAGAAGAAAAUAUGGAAUAUACAAAGCAACUAAUCCUCAGCUGCCUGCUAAGCAUCUGUCAGAAAUUGUCUUCAGAUGGUGGCAAGAUCCCAGCAGAUAUCCUUGACAAAGAAAAAUUCAACGUGGAAGUGAUAGUUCAGUGCAUCAGGAUAUCUAAAAUGCCCCAGACACACCACCAUGCAUUGCUUCUCCUUGGUGCUGUUGCUGGCAUGUUUCCUGAUAAAGUUCUCCACAACAUUAUGCCCAUUUUUACAUUCAUGGGAGCAAAUGUCUUGCGUCUGGAUGAUACUUACACAUUCCAAGUAAUUAAUAAGACAGUGCAGAUGGUUAUUCCUGCUCUUAUACAGGCUGAAGACAGUGAUUUGUCAGAGUCCUCGGGAAGUGUAGAAGAGGUGGUGAUUAAAAUCAUUCGCGUGUUUGUGGAUGCCUUGCCCCAUGUGCCAGAGCACCGCCGCCUGCCGAUCCUGGCCCAGCUGAUCACCACAGUGGGAGGAGAAAAGUUCCUCUGGGUUCUCCUGGUGCUGCUGUUUGAGCAGUAUGUGACCAAAACUGUGACUGCAACAUCAAGCAUAGACAAGGAUGCUGUUCUGGAAGCCGACACUGAAUUUUGGAUUUCCAUCUGUUGCGAAUUUAAUGUACGUUCUCAGUUCCAGAGCAUGAUGAAAAUAAUCCAGUACUUGACAGAGCUGCCAGAGAACAAAGAAGAUGAUCCUGCGUCAAAAAAGUCAAGAACAUGCAAGACAAAGCUAAAAAAUCAGGAUGGGCAGCUCUUUAAUGUGGAGUCUCACUCAGACAAACAACUUCGGCAUUUCAAAUUCUUGUCGGUCUCUUUCAUGUCACAACUUUUAUCCUCACAGAGUUUUGUGAAAAAGAUAGUUGAAUGUGAAGAAACAGAAGAGCUGCAGAAGUUGGAACAGAGGCUAUUAGAAGAAGUUCUUCACUAUAUAAACACGGUAGCAUCCUCUGUGGAAGGAAACGUGGACAAGCCAACAGCCAAAUUUUGGAGGGUUCUGCUUAACAAGUCCUAUGAUAUGCUGGAUAAAGUCAAUGCCUUAUUGCCAACAGAAACCUUCAUCCCUGUAAUUAGGGGACUAAUGAUGAAUCAGCUCCCAUCUGUGAGACGUAAGGCAAUGGACCUUUUGAACAAUAAGGUGCAGCAGCGCACAAGGUGGCAGAAGAGCCAGAUCCUGCAGCUCUUAGAGCUAGUUCCUGAGCUCAUUGCUAUUGUGCAGUGUAAAAGAAAGGAAGAAGAGGAGGAGCAAGCCAUCAACAGGCAGACUGCUUUGUUCAGCCUCAAACUACUCUGCAAAGGUUUUGGCACAGAAAAUCCAGUGCCAUUUGUACCUGUUCUGAAAACUGCCAUUGAUCUGAUUUCUUCGGAGAAGGAGGAAAAGAAUGUGAUGGGAAGUGCUUUGCUCUGCAUAGCUGAGGUCACGUGUACACUGAAAGCCCAAGCAAUACCUCAGCUUCCAAGGCUGAUGCCGGCACUGUUGAAGACUUUAAAAAAUAAGAAGGAGCUGGUCUCCAAUGAGAUUUACUUGCUGAGUGCCAUCACUGCUCUGCUGAAGGUUGCAGAAACAUUACCCCACUUCCUUAGUCCUUAUCUCUUGGAUUGCUUGCUGCAGGUUGUCCGCUUGGAAAAGAUUGUGGUCGAGUUUGGUCCUUCUUCCCAGAUAAGCUUACGUGUAACAUCACUGAAAACUAUCCUAGCUACAAGGCUUUCUCCCCGAAUACUCUUGCCUGCAAUUACAAAGUGUUACAGUGAAGUGGCAAAUACCCGGAAGAACUGCCUGGGUCCUCUUAUGAACAUUUUGAAGGAGCACAUUGCUGGUAUGGAGAAGGAGCACCUGAUCUCACAUCAGUCUGAGCUGACGGCAUUUUUCAUGAAAGCCCUGGACUUCCGAAUGGAGCAUGCCCAGGAUGAUUUGGAGGAAGUUAGCAAGACAGAGGCUUACAUUAUUGAUUGCCUAAUAAGUAUGGUUAUGAAACUUUCCGAGGCUUCUUUCAGACCCCUCUUCUUCAAGCUCUUUGAUUGGUCCAAAACAGAGUCUACCCUAAAGGACAGACUGCUGACAUUCCACCGAAUAGCAGAUUGCAUCGCAGACAAGCUCAAGGGUCUCUUCACCCUGUUUGCUGGUCAUUUAGUGAAGCCAUUUGCUGAGACGCUGAACCAGGUCAACAUUUCUAAAACCGAUGAAGCUUUCUUUGACUCUGAGAACAGCACAGAAAAGAGCUGUCUGCUGUUGCAAUCCACCAUGGACUGUCUGCACAAGCUCUUCCUGUUUGACACCCAAAAGUUCCUCAGUAAGGAAAGAGCAGAAACUUUGAUGACGCCUCUGGUCGAUCAGCUAGAAAAUAUGCUUGGAGGAGAUGAGAAGUUCCAGGAAAGAGUGACAGCACACCUGAUACCCUGCAUAGCUCAGUUUUCAGUGGCAAUGGCAGAUGAUUCUCUUUGGAAACCACUGAACUACCACAUCCUGCUGAAAAUGAGACACGCCUCUCCUAAGGUCCGAUUUGCUGCUCUGCUUGCAUUGGUAGAAGUUGCACAAAAACUGAAGGAGAACUACCUGGUCCUGCUACCAGAAUCUAUUCCAUUCUUAGCUGAGCUCAUGGAAGAUGAAUGUGAAGAAGUUGAACAGCAGUGUCAGAAGACAAUUCACCAACUGGAAGUCAUUUUGGGAGAACCCCUCCAAAGCUACUUCUAAGCUCAUCCCCUUUAUUUUCAAAAAUGUGUUUCACAUGUGCAAGUGUAAUAGGCAAACUGUAUUCUAAUUUUUAUCAGAGCUAACAUCAUAACUUUUUAAUAAAAUAUUG